GAUAUCAUGGAGGGUCAUAGUGCAGCUAAAGAUCUGGGAGAUCUUGCUGCUAGUUCAUGUUGGAGCUCAUUGAGUUCAAAUGAUGACCAUGCGAGGAACUAACAUGAGUUCAAGACAAGGAACGGCGUUGAUCAUGAUCAAGCUGACGAGUGAGAGCAGUCAUUUGGCAUUGAAAUCAGGUUCAUCCAUUGGAUCUUGGGCCAGUAAUGACCAUUGA